CACGCCAGCAACCACAAGAACUGUGCUCGGGCUCAGGACACUUGCCUACAGGGUCCUGGCUGGACAGCAGUUAACUAUCCAACCAUCCCGAAUGGACAGCAGUUAACUAUCCAACCAUCCCGAAUGGACAGCAGUGAACUAUUCAAGCAUGCAGUUUCAGAAGGAAACAUGCUGUCUGAUUUAAAAGUUGAAACUAGAUUCUAAAUUCUCAGCUUGUUACAGUAGUGGGAAGGAGUUGAACUCACACUCAUGAUGCAUCUGUGCUUGCUCUGGUUGUUGGCCACUUUACAGACUACAUCGUCUGUCGACAGGUUAGUGGGCUUAAUUUUACAAGACAACAUGGACAUCACAGACCGAGAGUAUGAACAAGCCUUUAAUUUCGCCACGUUUGUCUUGAACGGAAAUUUGCUGCGCGAAGACCGAGCAGGUAAAGAGAACGUCCACCUCCACACGAUUCGUAACAAAACGGUGAUGAGCGACAACUACAAGCUCGGGGGAGCGAUUUGUGGCCUGGUCAACGAUGGGGUGUACGUGAUCGUGGGCACCAGUCGAGCCUCCAGCUUUAACACAAUACGCACCUACUGCCAGGCUCUACAGAUGCCCUACAUUCUAGCCACACCGUCGCGUCCAAGCUCCAUGGUAGGGUCCAACUUUGACCUGAGUAUUUGCCCACCCUAUAUUGAUGCUGUCAUGAAAGUUGUAGCCAACUUGACCCUCAGAGAAAACAGACUGUUUUAUGUCUACGACAGUGAUGAUGGUCUUUGGCGGCUGCAGAAAAUGUACCAGUUCUUCCAGAUGAAAGAUGUUACCCCUCGAAUUGUCGAUGCAUUCCGUAUACGUGACGUCAGCAGAGCCUACUCAUUGUUGCGUAGCCUGGACAGCAAACAAGUUGAGGAAAAGGCUAUAGUCCUUGACCUUUCAACAACUGCUGCUUACAAGCAGGUGCUAGAACAGAUUAUAGAUGUUGGCAUGAACAGAGAAGGAUACCAUUACAUUUUGGCAGGGGCAGAUGCAAUGGAUUUAAAUCUGGAUCGUGAUUUCUUCUCCCAGUUUAUAUACGGGGGUGUAGAAAUCACAGCAUUCAAGUUUGUAAAUAACUUGAGCGAGGCAUACCUAUCUUGGCAACAACUGUGGCUGAAUCAUAAAGAAGAUUUUCCAAGUCUCUUUCCACUCAAGACUGGGUCAGCUUUAAUGAUGGAUGCUGUCAGAGCUCUGUAUCAAGCUUUAAUGUCAAGACUUGAUGUAACCAGAGAUGUGGCUCUAGACAGUUGUGAUAUGAAACAGCCUAAGCCAUCUUACGUGGGACAAACAAUCAUGGAUGCUUUAAAAAAGGUAGAGUUUCAAGGACUCUCUGGACCAGUCAAAUUGAAAAAAGGAUUGCGUUCUGAUUACAAUGUUGAUGUUUAUAAGCUGCGUUUCAAAGAACAAAUGAAAAAGCAUGCCACAUGGAAGUCCAAAGAUUUAAUAGAUGGCUCAUUUAAAACGUUUGUACCUGAAAUUGCUAUUGAAAAUAAAACACAGAGAGUGGUUACAGUUGUGGAGCCUCCAUUUGUUAUGUACAAGGACAAGAAGCCUUAUGAUGGUACCAUUCCAGUUGGAUCUGCCAGCAAUCUUGAGGGUUAUUGCAUUGAUUUGAUUGAAGCACUAGCACGCAAUGAACCUUUUGAAUACACAAUUUAUGUUACUAAAGACUAUGGUGACAAAAACAGUACAGAUGGAACAUGGAAUGGAGUAAUAGGGCAGCUCAUAAAUAAGGAACGAGAUAUUGCAGUGGCACCUUUAACCAUAACAGAAGACAGAGAGAGGGUAGUUGAUUUUUCUAAACCUUUCAUGGAUACAGGCAUCUCAAUUAUGAUUAAAAAACCAGAUAAAACAAAACCUGGAGUUUUUUCAUUCAUGGAUCCACUUGAUACCAGAGUUUGGCUCUGCAUUGCCAUUGGGUUUUUGACCGUCAGUUUUGUUCUUUAUUUUGUUGGAAGAUUCAGCCCAUUUGAAUGGAAUGUAUCCGAAGACUCAACAGACAGAACAGCAACAACAGUGUUUUCCAUAUCAAACACACUCUGGUUUUCUCUUGGUGCAUUAAUGCAGCAGGGCUCUGAUAUAUCCCCAAGAUCUUUUUCUGGUCGAGUUAUUGGAUCAGCCUGGUGGUUCUUUACACUGAUAAUCAUAUCUUCUUAUACUGCUAACCUUGCUGCAUUCUUAACCAUUGAAAAACUGGUUGUUUCCAUCAAUUCUGCUGAUGACCUUGUUGGUCAUCCAACUAUCAAAUAUGGAACCAAAAAAACUGGAACAUCUUGGAAAUUUUUUGAAAAAUCAACCAUUGAUACAUUCAAAAGAAUGAAAGAGGAAAUGGAGCAACGUGGUGAUGAAGUCUUAUGUACAGAGUAUAAGGAAGGGGUGCAAAAAGUGCGAGAGUCCAAAGGCACGUACGCUUUCCUUUUGGAGUCUGCCAUGAAUACAUAUUAUAGCCAGCAGGAACCAUGUGAUACCAUGAUGGUUGGUGACAGAUUGGAUAAUAAAGGAUAUGGUGUAGCUACCAGAGUUAACUAUCAUCUCAGGCACAACAUCAAUAUAGGUGUACUGACAUUAAAGGAAAGGGGUGAACUAAUAAAACUGACGCAAAAGUGGUGGUAUGAUAAAGGUCAAUGUGGAGAUCAGAGUGUCAGUAAGGAGUCCACAGGUACACAAAAUGCUUUAACGCUAAGCAACGUUUCAGGAAUUUUUCAUAUUCUAAUAGGAGGCUUAGUUCUUUCUAUGGUAACAUCUUCAUUGGAGUACUUUAUACAAAGAAAAUUGAGGAAAAGCAAAAAAGAUGGGAAAAAGGAGAACAAAGGUUACACAUUUCCUGCAGCACCUAGAAGAUUGUGUUUUGGUUCAACAUCAAGAAGACUGCCAGUCAGUUCUCCAUUAAGAGAAAAUGGGCUAAAUUCUGACACACUUCCAGCUCCAGAACAUCAAAAUCUGAUGUCAGCAGACCCAGAUGAAUAUCAGAACAAUACAUAAGACAAUGUGCAGCUGAAAGCAAAUACUAAAAUGCAAUAAUUAUUGAUUGACUAUUUUGAGUUUAAAUUGUAAAAUGUGUAAACCAUUGCUGUAAAUUUCUAGUUAUGCAAGACUACUCAAAUUUGUAAUGUACCAGAAAACUGAUAAAGAUGCUUAUUUUUCAACAUUUUGAAACAAUAACUGAGAUUGUUGGCAUUUUAAAAUUUUAGAUAUUAAGAAAUACAUUCAGGAUUGUUUUAUAUUUAAUAAGGAUCAAUUUUAUAAAAUUACUUUUUUUCCUUUGUGUACAUUUCAUUUUUAUAUUUAAAAUUUCAUAUUGGAUUUGCAUUUUAUUUUCUGCUGGAUAAAAUAAAUUUAUACAAAAUAAACUUAUUUUAUUCAGUAGUGAAUUAUACCACACAUAAUUUUGAAUUAUUACACUUAUUGUUGCAAAUUAUAUAUUUGAUUAAUAAGUUCUAUGUUUGUCACAAAUGAUAUUUUUCAUAACAAUAUUUAAUAUAAACUAGUUUUACAUAAAGAUGUAUUUGUGGGCCUGGUACCUUUAAUCCAAAUUUCCUGCUUUUUAAUUUUAUCAAAGGUAACAGGCCUACAUGUUUUAGCUACAUUUUUUUUUUAAAAA